GGCGGCCAUUGAGGGCGGGUCCCGAUGUGUUUGGGUUCGUGCUCCUCCAGGGAGUGAGACGGCGGCGACGAGGAAAGUUUAUUUUUUGGUGGCGGUUGACCCCCCCUCCCCCCGCCAUUUGUUUUGAUCUCUGUAUCUGGCGGCUGGAUUUCCCCGGCGGGUAAAACGGGCGGGAAAAGCGGCUCCCGCAGCAGCGCCCGUGGAAAGGAGGUGGGCUCUCCGUGUGCACCGCUGCGGGCGAAGAGGCGACGGCUGCGGCUCCUCGUAGGUGGUAGGCUGGAGAAAGAGAAAAGAUUGGAUGUUCUUCAUGUAUCCACUUCUGUGGUUUGACUUUUGCACUGAAUGUAGCCAGGAUGGGUCCUUUCGGGCUUCAGCAGCCCUGAGAAACUGUCGAGGCAGAAUUUCGUGUUUCAGCAGAGUUUUGCACAGAUUCUGUUCCCAUGCAAACUGAUGAGGGAGAAAUUUUGUCGGAAGCUGGUUCCAAGCUUCUCCUCACACUGUUGCCCAGCCUCUGCUUUCCCAUAUGCUUUCAGUCUCUGCCAGUGUCCCCAAAGCAAGAUGGAACAUGAGGAUUUUGUAAUGGAAGGGCAUGGCAAGACUCCACCUCCUGGUGAAGAAAACAAACAAGAGAAGGAGCAAGAAAAGGAAGAACAGUUAAUGGAAGACAAGAGAAGAAAGAAAGAGGAUAAGAAAAAGAAGGAAUCUACUCAGAAGGUAAGCCAGGUCACAGAUCAAAAAACCAAAGUGCCCGAAGCGACGAAACCAAGUUUAAGCCAACCAGUGACCGCCAGCCCAAUUGGCAGCUCUCCAUCGCCACCAGUCAAUGGUGGCAACAAUGCCAAAAGGGUGGCAGUGCCGAACGGUCAACCGCCAAGCGCCGCCCGCUACAUGCCUCGGGAGGUGCCGCCGCGAUUCCGUUGCCAGCAGGACCACAAAGUGUUACUGAAACGUGGGCAGCCCCCUCCGCCAUCUUGUAUGCUCCUUGGGAGUGGAGUAGCGCCACCUCCUUCUCCAGCACCUGGAGUAAAUCCAAACAACGCACAACUAGUAACAACAGGAGUGCUGCUGCCAUGUGACAGUGGGACUGCAACAGAUUCAACAACUGGAGGUGGUGCUUCUUCAAAUUAUGCAAAUUCCACUUGGGGUCCUGGAGCCUCCUCCAACAGCACCAAUGCCAACCCAACUCACGUCUGGGACGCGGUGAUUGUAGACAGGUCUGACAUGGAAGAGUGGCCUUGUAUUGCCAGCAAAGAUACUGAGUCUUCUUCCGAGAACACCACAGACAACAACAGUGCCUCGAACCCUGGCUUGGAGAAGAGCACUCUGCCAGGAAGCACCACUAGUAACAAAGGAAAAGGAAAAAACCAGUGCCAGUCUGGAAGCUCUGGUAACGAAUGUAAUCUUGGGGCCUGGAAAUCUGACCCUAAAGCUAAAUCUGUUCAAUCUUCCAAUCCUGCAGCAGAGAGUAAUAGUGGUCUAGCAAGCUGGAGGAACUUGAGUGGGCAGGACAGAAUUGGCCCCAGUUCUGGCUUCAGCAAUUUCAACCCAAAUAGCAACCCAUCUGCUUGGCCAGCACUAAUUCAGGAGGGCAAUUCAAGGAAAGGGACUUCAGAAUCUGAUAAUGGUGGCUCCAAUGCACAGAUUAGUACAGCAGGUCAGACAUCUAGGGAACAGCAGUCAAAGAUGGAAAAUGCGGGUGUUAACUUUGUCUCUGGCAGAGAACAGGCUCAAAUUCACAACACUGAUGGACCAAAAAAUGGAAACACUAACUCCUUGAACUUAAGUUCACCAAACCCAAUGGAGAAUAAGGGAAUGUCCUUUGAAAUGGGCUUUGGGAACCCCUCCAGGAACACUGAUGCCCCUUCACAAAGCACUGGAGAGAGAAAGACUGGGAGUGUUGGGUCUUGGGGUACAGUUAGGGGGCCUUCUGGAAUGGACAGUGUCUCUGGUCAAAGCAAUUCUGGAAAUCAUGGGAACAAUGGAAAGGAUAGGGAGGACUCGUGGAAGGGAGCUUCUGUUCAAAAAUCGAAUGGGUCACGAAGCGAUUCUUGGGAUAACAGUAACAGGUCUACAGGUGAUGGGUCUUGGACCAUUGGCCCUCAACACUCUAGUGAAAACAAAUGGAGUGAAGGGAACAAAAUGACAUCAGGGGUGUCUCAGGGAGAAUGGAAACAGCCGUCUGGGUCUGAUGAAUUGAAGAUUGGAGAAUGGAGUGGUCCAAACCAACCAAAUUCUAGCACUGGAGCAUGGGACAAUCAAAAGGGCCACCCCCUUCCUGAAAACCAAGGCAAUUCCCAGGCUCCCUGUUGGGGUAGAUCUUCCAGCUCUACAGGAAGUGAGGUUGGAGGUCAAAGCACUGGAAGCAACCAUAAAGCAGGAAGUAGUGACAGUCACAAUUCUGGACGUCGAUCAUAUAGGCCUACACAUCCUGAUUGCCAAGCAGUCUUGCAAACUUUGUUGAGCAGGACUGAUUUGGAUCCCCGAGUGCUUUCAAAUACUGGCUGGGGUCAAACUCAAAUCAAGCAAGAUACUGUUUGGGACAUAGAAGAGAUGCCAAGGGCAGAGGGAAAGACUGAUAAAGGAACUGAGGGGUGGGAGAGUUCUGCCAUUCAGACAAAGAGCUCAGGGGGCUGGGGAGAUGCACCCAGCCAAAGCAAUCAAAUCAAGUCUGGAUGGGGUGAACUCUCUACUCCGACAGAGUGGAAAGAGCCCAAAAACACUGGAGGAUGGAAUGAUUUCAAGAACAAUUGUUCUAAUUGGGGAGGAGGAAGACAAGAAGAAAAGGUGACAACAUCUUGGAAUGAGAAUUCCAACAAAGACCCCGGGUGGAAUGGACGGCCACCUAAUCAAGGGUGGUCUUCUGGAAAGAAUGGCUGGGGAGAGGAAGUUGACCAAACAAAAAAUAGUAACUGGGAAAGUUCAGGAAACAAGUCGAUGUCAGGCUGGGGUGAAGCUGGUCAAAAUGAGAUUGGGACUUGGGGUAAUGGUGCAAAUACAAACUGUUCCUCAAAAGGAGGGUGGGAUAAUAAUAAAAGAACUCCAGCAUGGAAUGAUUCUGGUAGGCAAGCCAAUUCCUGGAAUAAUCAGCAACAGCAGCACCAUCCGCAGUCAGAAGCACCUGGCUCCUGGGGCCCACCACCACCACAGCCUCCAGGAAAUGGGAGGUCACCCAAUCCUAACUGGAACAGUGGGCCACAGCCAACUGCCUCAAAGGAUGAGGAACCCAGUGGCUGGGAAGAACCAUCCCCCCAAUCAAUUAGUCGAAAAAUGGAUAUUGAUGAUGGCACCUCAGCGUGGGGAGAUCCCAGCAGUUACAACUACAAGAAUGUGAACCUGUGGGACAAGAACUCACAAGGUGGGCAAGCUUCACGAGAACAGAAUCUGCCAACUCCAAGGCCCAGCAAAGUAGCACCCUCAGUCUGGAACAAAAGCACACCUCCUGCUCCAGAUAAUGGUACAGCUGCUUGGGGUGAACCAAAUGAAACCAGCCCUGGAUGGGGUGAAGCUGAUGAUACAGGGGCUUCUACAGGUUGGGGAAAUGGACCCUCCACUGCACCAAAUGCCAUAAAACCUAGUUCCAAACCACCUCAAGAUGGUUGGGGGGAUAAUGAUGGGCCAGUAUCAGGAACAAGGCAUUCCAGCUGGGAAGAAGAGGAGGAAGGAGGAGUCUGGAACACAGCAGGCUCUCAGGGAAGCAGUUCCUCCCAUAAUUCAACAAGCUGGGGACAAGGAGGAAAGAAACCACAGAUUAAGUGUUCGUUAAAAGGAGGAAGCAGUGAUUCGUGGAUGAAUUCUUUAUCUGAUCAGAUGUCAAAUAUGGGAUUGCUAAAUCAAACUGAAGACACUCCGGGCAGUAAAAUGGACUUAUCAGUAGGUGGUCUCCAAGAUAAGAAAUUUGAUGUGGAUAAACGAGGGAUGAAUCUCGGGGAUUUUAAUGACAUUAUGAGAAAAAGUCGGCCAGGUUUUCGUCCUCCUAAUUCCAAAGACAUGGGAGCCCCAGAUAGUGGGCCUUACUUUGAAAAGCUGACUUUGCCUUUCUCCAAUCAAGAUGGGUGCCUUGGGGAUGAGGCUCCCUGCUCUCCCUUCUCCCCUUCUCCCAACUACAAGCUUUCUCCCUCUGGUUCCACACUACCCGUCUGCCUUGGGGCAAUCGGCUCAGGGCUCAACCCCCAAAACUUCGCUGCUAGACAAGGUGGCAAUCAAGGUCUGUUUGGAAACAGCACAGCACAAUCGAGAGGAAUGCACCCACCAGUGCAACCGCUAAACCCUUCACCUAAUAUCCGGGCACAAGUGCCUCCCCAGUUUCUUUCUCCCCAGGUUUCUGCCUCCAUGCUCAAGCAAUUUCCUAACAGUGGUCUGAACCCAGGUCUUUUCAACAUGAAUCCCCAGCUUUCUCCUCAACAGAUUGCUAUGUUGAGCCAACUUCCGCAGAUCCCCCAAUUUCAGCUUGCUUGUCAACUCAUCCUCCAGCAACAGCAGCAGCAGCAACAACAACAACAACAGCAACAACUGUUACAGAGUCAAAGAAAGAUUUCCCAAGUAGUACGACAACAGCAAGAACAGCAGAUUGCCCGUAUGGUGAAUGCCUUUCAGCCACAACAGAGGCAGCCUGGCAUGAAACAUUCUCCAUCCCAUCCAGUUGGGCCUAAACAUUUAGACAGCAUAGUACCUGGUGGUCUGAAUGUGAGUCUCUCAGAUAUACCAACCAAAGGGCAAAUUCCUGGAUAUAGUUCAGGUUUUGGUUCGAGUGGCAUGGAUUAUGGCAUGGUAGGAGGGAAAGAAACUGGAACAGAAUCUCGCUUUAAACAAUGGACUUCUAUGAUGGAUGGAUUGCCAUCUGUAGCUUCCCAAGAUGCCAAUAUGCACAAAAAUGGGACGAUUGUGCCCCCUGGAAAAGUACGAGGGGCAUCGCCCUAUAACCAAUUUGAUAUAAUCCCUGGCGACCCACUGGGCAGCCACACAGGUCCUGCUGGAGAUAGUUGGUUACCUGCCAAAUCUCCACCAACAAGUAAGAUUGGAAGCAAAUCCAGCAAUGCCAGUUGGCCUCCAGAGUUUCAGCCAGGAGUGCCAUGGAAAGGUAUUCCAAACAUUGACCCUGAAUCUGAUCCCUAUGUGACCCCAGGAAGUGUGCUGGGGGGUACAGCCACAUCCCCCAUUGUAGAUACUGAUCACCAACUUCUGCGGGACAACACCACAGGGUCUAAUUCUUCCCUCAACACCUCGCUGCCUUCACCUGGUGCCUGGCCCUACAGUGCCUCUGACAAUUCCUUCACAAAUGUUCAUAGCACUUCAGCAAAGUUCAGUGAUUACAAAUCAACAUGGUCCCCAGAUCCCAUAGGACCCAAUCCCCCUCAUCUCUCCAACAAGUGGAGAAACAAUAUUUCCUCAAGAAACACUACAGGGCUACCCCGCCCACCUCCUGGUCUGAGUAAUCCAAAACCAUCCUCUCCCUGGAGCAGCACAGCACCCCGCUCACUCAGGGGGUGGGGGGCACAGGAUUCAAGGCUUGCCUCUGCCUCUACCUGGAGUGAUGGUGGAUCUGUUCGUCCCAGCUACUGGCUGGUUCUUCACAAUCUCACUCCGCAGAUUGAUGGGUCAACUUUGAGGACCAUCUGCAUGCAGCAUGGUCCACUGCUGACAUUCCAUCUCAACCUGACCCAAGGCACCGCCCUUAUCCGAUACAGCACCAAGCAGGAGGCAGCCAAGGCCCAGACUGCACUGCACAUGUGUGUUUUGGGAAACACUACCAUCUUGGCUGAGUUUGCCACAGACGAGGAGGUUAGUCGCUUUCUGGCACAAGCUCAGCCUUCUACACCUGCAGCAACACCCAGCACACCUGCAGCAGGCUGGCAGUCUCUAGAGACAGGACAGAAUCAGACAGAUCCAGUGGGACCUGCUUUGAAUCUUUUUGGUGGGUCAACAGGGCUUGGGCAGUGGAGCAGCGGUGGUGGCAGCAGCAGUGGGGGUGACCUUGCUGGUGCUUCAUUAUGGGCCUCCCCAAAUUACUCUUCAAGCUUGUGGGGGGUUCAGAGUGUAGAAGAUCCCCACAGGAUGGGAAGCCCUGCUCCCUUACUACCUGGAGACCUUCUAGGCGGAGGGUCGGAUUCAAUCUGAACUUAAAACUUUCAACUCUGACCUCGUGACCUUUUUUGGAACAGCAGCAGCACUAACUUGACCUUUUCUUUUUUUUCAACUUGCAAUAAAUACAUUUUAAAAGGAAAAAAGAAAAUGGAGAGAGAAAAAAAGGUGGGUCAUUGACAGGACUGUCUGAGCACAUAGUUGCCUCCCUUAUAACUUCAGUUUUUUCGUUUGGAAUAUGAAUCCAAAAAGAGAACAUAUCACUCUUGAAAUACUUGAAUCAUGAACGCCAACUUAGAAAGACAAUGUGAAGCAAGUACACAUACCAUUCAAAUCUAAACACAAAAAUUUAAAAAAAAUUAGUUUCUAGUUUUUCACUUUUUCAUGUUAUACGGAAGUUGUUGCUACGAAACAUAUAUACUGAAAAAUAGCUUUUUAACUUUGUUUGCACUGGGUGUGUUUCCGUCCUUAGGUCUACUAUGUCGGGAAGGGGCAGGGUUCAAAAGAAUUGGGGGUGGGGUGGGAGGGGAAGACUUGACGGAGCCUCACUUUAAAAAACAAAAAAGGAAAAAAAAACACUUUGUGAUUGGCUGGUUGAUAUAUACCAGUAUGUUCUGGCACAUGUAACUGCCCCGUGUGUGUGUUUCUGUGAGAGCGUGUAUGUGAGCAUGGUUGUGUGCGUGUGUGCGCAUUUUUGUCUUGGAAAGCUGCAUUGCUGUUGGUCAGCAACCUACCUGGCUAGACUCUUAAACUGAAUAAUGAUGGUGCCUGUGACUGGUGCAAAAUCAAAUUGACCUGUGUUAAAAUCUGUCGGUGGUAUUUUUAUUUUAGCAGGGUAUUCAGCGCAGUACAGAUCUUGUUCUGACCCUGUCAUAGAGCAAAACACUGCCAUAUCCUAAGGAUUUGGUGAGAGGGGUGCCAGUGUGGGAGUUCAGGGUUUUGAGGGUGGGGAGGGGGGUGAUCUGUUUUGCCUAGAAGUGUAUUUGUGUCUCUAAUGAGACUUUUUGAGUGAACCCAAGCUUACUUUUUAUGACAAGGCCUUUCACCUUUUGGGGGACACCAGGGGGUAAUGGGCAUCACAUUUCUUUGUGACAAAGACCUAUGUAAUAGUUGAAGCUUCUGCAGUCCUUAAGAACCAAAUCCUGUAGCUAUUCCUCAAGUCUGCAUACUAAGGUUCUUAUCCUUUCAUGGAAAAUCCACCAAAAUUCAGGCCUAACUGUAUUUUCUUAAGUGGUCUGCUGUUUGUGACAAAACUAAAAUGUCAGUAGUUUGCUGGCCUAUCUUGUAUUGUGAAAGCACAUGCAGCAACUUUUGUUCUCCUUUCUCCAUAGUGAGCGUUACCUGUGCCAGGCCUAGGUGUAUUACAGCACCAGACCAUCACUGACAGAAACGUUUACUUACGAAUGUUCUUAAACCAGUGUGUACUUUGAGCAUUUUUUCUCUGUGUAUUUCCUGUGUAUGUCUUGCUUAGGCUUUGCUUAGGCAGGCAUAUAACUAGCAAAGACUUCUUUUGUUUAUAAAGUAUUGCACCUUUAUUAUUUUUACUUUUCCCUGUACUGUUGCUUUUUAUUGUCGGUAUUUAAAGAAAGGUUGUAUGUUGUUGAUGUUGUUGUUGAUGUUGUUGUUGUUUUAUUUUUUUAAACAACAGUGUAGUAGUACUCUGGGCAGGAUAGGGGAGACCUAUACUUAAUUCAGAAGAUAGCCAGUGUGUGCACUGGGACAGAAUUGCUUGUUGUGAAGAAAGCCGUAGCAAACAUUGCCUUUACACAAAGCAAUUUUGAAGAUGGGCAGACAGGAUAAGAACAGGGAGAAGGAGGCAUUAUUCUUUGAAGUGUUAGAACUUAGCUCUGGAUUUUUGCUAGCUCUGCAUUAUACUGAAUAACAAAAGUGCUGCAAUAUUCUGUACCAGCAAAUACCUACAUAACUCCGGUACUUGGAAGUAGCAGAUCAUAAUGUACAGGAUCACAACAGAAGAUUCUUUCUCCUUCAGCAGUUUCAUUUUUAAAAAAAAAUCAGUGGUGUCUGCUAUAUAAGUAUUGAUAGCAAAAUUAAAGCAAAAAAAUUCCUCACAUUUAUGUAGAAAGGGAGGAGUUGUGAAUUCUGUACAUGAACUCGGUUUCACAGGAAGACUAAAUAAGGGGAUUACUGCAUUUACAUCUGCCUGUUAUUUUGCUGUGAAGUUGAGUGGUAAACAUAGACAGGUGUUGCGUAUUUAACCUUCAGAAUCUGCAGCAUAUGUGGAUCUUUUAAGUGUUUCCCUAUUUCUCCCUUUGUCAUUGUAUCUUGUAAGUUGAAGCAAAAUGUCCCCCCCCCCAUUCCUGCCAGUUAAGUUUCCCUUGCAGCCCCUACACAUGCCUGCUCCUAAAACAGCUGUAUUUGUCUCUGGGGCCUCAGUGUUGAAAGCAUGCAGGACAAACUAUUAAAAAAAAAAAGCUCUGAGCUGGGAGGACAUCGGAAUACUGCACCUCAUGGCCUAGAAAACAGCUAUGUGCUCCAAUAUGUGACUUGACACACAAGCAGGUUCACUACUGUGUUAUCAACUCUCUCCCAACCUGCCCUACGGUCCCUUUGCCUGCACUUUGGAUUUGUUGAGUUCAUUACGAUACUACGGUGAAAGCCGGGUGCUAGAGCCCCUCUUGUUUACAAGACAUAAUGAGGGAUAUGACAUAUUUAAAAAAUGAAAAGCUAAAAUGUUCUUCCAUCACAAGCUUAAAGGGAAAAAAUUAAAAACUUUUUAAAAAAAGACCAAAAAGUGCGUGUGCAUAUAUAAAUAUAUAUAUAUAUAUAAGAUGAAGACUAACUCUGGGAGCAUUUAACAGUGUUUUUGUGUUUUAACAUUUAUUUUCCUGCUUUAAAUUUGCAAGCAUUCUCAGGAAUUCUAGGGUAGGAAGCCAGUUUUCGAAGAUGGUUUAUUUAACCUUUACCUUAUCCUAGAUAGAUGGUUGUUUCUUUCGUAAACUUUUACAAGUUCCUGAAUCUUCAAAAAGUUUAAAAGUUUUUUUUCUUUACAAAAAGCAAAAAAUUUGAAAAACAAAAUCUUAACUAAUACAAACUCCAAUUGUCAGAACUGGGGAUCAAAAAAAAUUUAAAGUACAAAUUGAUUACAAAAGAAUUCUCAGUAGCAGCAACACAAAUUCAUUGUAUUCUUAAAAGUCCAAGUUGUGAAAAGAUUUAUACUUUUAGAGCUUAGUCUCAAGUGGAAGCGCGUGUGCAGAUGAGUGGGGGAGAGGAUUGCGUAUGAAUGAAAGUAUAAUCAUCUAGUUGUUUCACAGUGAGCAUAAAAUCUUCCUCCAAGCACCUUUUUAAAAUAAACAGUUAAAAAAGAGUAAAAAAAUGCAUUUUGAUUUGACUAAAUCAGUCAACCACAGUUAAGAAGAAUUGCUGGGAGUACAGGAUGGUGCUUCUUGAAACCACUUUUAGAUUGACAGUGCUUCAGAGAAGCAGAAUCUUUAUUGUGACCCAGUAAUGGAGCUGUUUUAACUUUUACUAAUUUUAAAACAGAAAAUAGGGAAAGAAGAAUGUGGGAGAAAUCAGUGAAGUGUAUCUGGGGAAAAAGGGCUUGGUGUAUUUUAAUCAUUUUGAAGAUUUUUUUUUUGUUUGCUUUUUCCAUUUAUCAACCAGAGAUGUGUAAGUGAGAAAUUUUGGGAAGUGGGUUGGAGGUAAGAUAUAUUAACUGCUGCUGCCAGCUACUGGGACUCCCAUUCUUAAGAACCAGUUUACUGCAGCUUUUUCCUGGGAUGGAUAGCUCAGAGCUUCCAGCACAAAGAGAGAAGGACUUGAUGUGCUUGAAGCAUUUUUGUUAGAAUGAAAAUAACAAGCCGCUUUAGUGCCUUUGUAAUACAUCCUUGCAUCCUACAAAAGACAUAUGCAGUCUAGUCACUCCAAGGAAACAAAUGAACCCAUUUUUCUAAAACAAAAAGCAUUUCUCUGAGCAUGCUGAAUAGAAGCCUCAAAGGCCUGCCGUGCAAAGAGUUACAUAUAAAAUACAUGUAAACAUUUUUCUUUGAAAUCUAAGGGCAAUUUUCAUGCAUUACUACUUUCUUGUUUUGAACUACUCUUCAAAUAGAAGUGUGAAGUAAUGCCUGGUUUUCUGUGACAUCCAUUGUGUGUUCUUUAGUUGUGUGUUGCAUUGUUUCCCAAAUUGCACCUUGAAAAAAAAUGCAUCAACUGAUUCCUAGUGUGAUAGGCCAGUGAGAGGAGCCCCCUUUUGUUUUUUUAAAGGAAGUUAUUUAUCUGAACGCUUUAUCAGAGGCUUUGACUUAUUUCCCCCUAUAAUUUUUUUUAAGUCGAAAAUUACAAAAGCCUGUUACUUGGCUGACAACUGCUGAAGAAGGUAUAAAGGUAACUGUGUAACUCUGUCAUAUUUAAAGCAUCCUUUACCUCUCAACAUUUCAACCUAUGCAUAUUGAAGUUUGUCAUAUUUUUGAAGAAGUGAACUAAAAUAUCAAUCUUGGCAACCUUCCAUCCCUGAUGAAUACCUGGAAUGUUUAAUCAGCCCUUUGGACCAUAGCAAUACAGGUUUCCAAACACCUUUUCUGUUUUGAAUCUGCUAUGUUCUCUGGCCAGUGAGGAUGAUACUUUUGGGAACUAAGCACUAAACUAUACUUGAGAAAAUGUUUUCUGCAGCUGUUUUGUGGGUGGUGUUACUAUAUUUUCAUGUAUGUUCUACACACACACACACAAAAAGGCAAUAGGUCUCAUGGGGUGUUGGAGACCUCUUCAGAUUGCCAGAGCACCCUGCGCAGCUUGAAGCCACGUGUCAAAUUUUUCGUUUUCUCUUAUAAAGUUGCUCCCUCCAUGAAAAGGAGAAACAGUCCAUAUCAAUGUUUUGUCCUCCUUUUUAGUUGUAUAUUUUAAAUGCACAUGCCCAACUUAAAAAAUAGCCCUAUUUUGGUUCUAUUCACUCUUUUAAUAUAUGGCCUAUAUGAACCUACUGCCAGAACCAGCAUCUAAUUGGAUGGGUCUUGCGAUAACACCUUUCCUAUAAUAGUACUAUUCCCAGAAAGCUGCUUAUUACGCCAUGCUGAACCAUUCUGGGAAGGUUGCAGUCUUUUCCAGUGCACCCGUAUAAAGUGGAUAGAGUGAGCUUUUCCUUCACUCUUGGGUUCCCUUUGUAAAGGAAUAUGUUAAAAGCAUGUUUUUACUCUGCCACUUAGCCAAAGCAAAACUCUUCACCUUAUCUUUGAAAAUUUUUAAAAUAAAUUAGUGAAUAUAAACAGACAGACAUUUCCUGUUUGAUUUUCAAUGCAGGCAUUUGAACUGGCAAGUGUAACAAGUAUUAACGCCUCUUUCUAUUCUGUCCUCCACUGCCAUGGCAAAUGUUACCCGAUCUUCACUGUCAUCCAAAUAGUAGUGUUCGAAUCACUCACCUUUAUUUUUUUAUAGUAUUGGCUAAUUGAGAUACUCUGUUCUCCCCUGAGAUGGUUCUGUUUAGUUUAGCUGUAUUGUUCCUUCAUUAUAAAUAUGCAACAGCAAAAACACUCUGCAUAUAAUACAAAUGCUACCCAAAAUGCAGUUAAAAUGAUGCAUUCUGAAAUGAAUACAUGCUUUCCAAGGCAUGCAUUGAUUGGAGCGAUACUGACUGAAGGAAGAUGGAUAAAAUCUAUAUUACUGGUUUCCCUAAUUUUCCACAAAGCUACAGCUGUUCAUUUGAAUGCUGAUUAGUCUCCAUGUUAUGAUAUGCUAAUGAUAUUGGGAGCAUUAUGUAGAUGGAUGAUUUGGUAGUAACAGUUACACCUGUUGAAUACAAGGCUUAAUCAGCAAAGAUGUAAUGUUGUUUAUUCUUUAUUCCAAUAAUAUUUUGGCAGAUUUUCCUACUGUAGCAAUCCCUCUCAAAGGUUUAAAACUUUGCUGGUUUUUUAAAAGUAUAUAUUGACUCUGAUCCAUACAAUUUGGUCAUACAGUUUUGAUCAGUUAUGAAUUAGUAAAUUUCUAAGAAAAUUCUGUAGUGCUCUUAAGGAUGGGUGAAAGGAGUAAAAUAAACAAAUUUUGUGCUGAAGAUAGCUUUUAUCCUCCUUCAGAACAUUGCUAAAAUGUAUAUAAACAGUCACCAAAUUAAAAGGAUUAUUCCCCUCUUAUGCUACAAUAGGGAACAAAAUUCUAACCUGAUCUUCUGGCUGUCAGGCUUCAUCAGAUGCUAGCAGUUGUCAGACCAACCUAAGUGCCCUUUAACUGUUCUCCAUGGCCAUGUCAGAUACAGAUAAGUAGUUUCACAUGGCUGAGAGGAUAUUUAACAGGCACCAUAGACAUUACCAAAUGUGUGAUAUGGAACAGUGUCAACAUACCUGCUUCUUAAGUUUGUGCAGUAUGGCAUAUAUUUACAAAUUUCUCAGAGACAUGGGCCAUAGAAGGAUCAAAAGAAUCAACCUCAACUAAGAGCCAGUUUCUUCGUGUACUUGGCAGUGGUGAUAGCUAGAGUUAUAUAUGCCCUUGUCUUUUUUUUAAAUGCAUUUUUUUUAGCCAUAGAGUUUGAAUGUGUUUUUACUUGAGCCUGACAACCAUCCAUUUAAACACAAAUCCAGGUUAUUGAAGUUAAAGCAUUGUGCCAGGCAGCCUGUGGGUAUAUUUUGACAUAUGAUUAGCUGUCCAUGGAGCAAAAUAAAAUAAGAAUAUGGAGAAAUGUUCCAGGGAUAAACAACACAGUUGGACAGUGUUGAGCAAGAAAUGGUGUGUUUUUUUAAGCGCUUAGUGCCUCAUCUUAGGUAAUAGUAUGCCAGUUAAUGCAUUCAAAGAACUAAAGUUCCUCAUUUCUUACCAUGUUUUAAAUCAGAGAAAAUAAAUGCAUAUUGUCUUUCUGUAUUAGAAAAUGCAGCGGUUAAUUGAGUCCUCCUUCUAAAGAUUGCUUUGCUUGCUGGAUAAUAAUUUUUGUGGCAUGGUUGUGAAUAUCAAGUGCUUUUCUUCUCCUUCCUUAUCCCAGCCAGACUGGCUCACCCUCCUUUUAUAUUAAGUGCUGAGUGCUUUGAAGUUUGGGUGGGAAGGGGCAGGGCAUAAAGGAAAUAAAGGGAGCCAAGUUAGAGCAGCCUUACUUUAGGGAGUAGCCUUACAACAGAGCUUUAUAGUGAGGGUGUGCUGUAUUCCAAAUUGUGUAAGCCAAAAAUGAAAAAAAAAAUCAUUUAUGCAAAAAGAGGCGUUAACUUCUUAACAUAAUAUGUACCUUCUGAAGGUAGAAUAGGGUCUCAUGAAGUGAUACAUUGUGAUGCUUCUUGCUGGGUCAGUAGGUAUGGGAUUUGGGAUAUAAGCGCUUAACAUUCCCUUGUGGGUUUUUUUAGGGUUGUGUUUUGUUUUUAGUUUUGAACAAGCAGUAAGUUAAAUGUGGUAUCUCUGAAUGUGCCUUUGUGAGUAUGUGACUGUCGGUCCGAGAAGACUACUUGGGCUUGACAGGGGGAGAUGAUAGUCAGUUUAUUCUCUCUAAAGGUCAAAUGCAAAGAUUCCAGCCUGCUGGUACCUUUUGACAGUGUCUUUUGGGGCUGGUCUCUAAGCUGCGCAGUAUGCAGUUGUGUGUGGCAGAUGCAUCCAGGUGUGGAUGGGUUGUAAUUCACAUGUUGACAUUUUUAGGCUAGUGCUCCGUUGCUGGUUGAAUUCGUAUAUGUAUUAUGUACCUAUUACAUUUGUGUAUGUGGCUUGCUUUAACUUUUUUUUUUUUUAAGCACUGGAAAAUGAAACGCAGUGAUGUUUGAGACACAUUUAUGCAUGUAGAGAAGAAGGUAUUUUGUAGCUUCUGCCAUUCUUGGGUGUAGGCACACUUUUGCCCUCUAUCAGUGUCCUGAUAAUAGAAAAAAGAGAAAUCUACCCUAUAACUUCUAGCACACUUAUUGUUGCCAUUUAAAUGAACAGGGUAUUACACAAGAAUAUAAGAUGUUUUUGAAAUGGUGAGGAAGAAGUGUUGUUUUUUAAUCAAAACGUAAUUCUUUGUUUCUUUGAAGCUGUUUGUAGCUAAACAUGGGAAUCUGCAGUGUCUACUUUCAUUUGUUUUUUUCAUAUAUAUUCCACCUCUUCUUCUCCCCACCUCAAAUGCAAGGUGUACAAAAUCAAGAGCUGCUGUAGCACCUCUCAGCAACCUUCCCAAAUGAAAGCUCUAGCAGGCUCUCUUCAUCUCCAUUCAGGAAGACAAAGGGAGGAGAGAUGCUGCAGCUUUCUUGCUUCGCUCUCAUUCCUCUCUAAUGGCCUUGAAAUGUAUUAUUAUGCAAAUGUGAAUUUUGAUACUGAACUUUAAGAAGAGGUUGUUUCUUUUUCAAACAAAAAAAGGUCCCAUAUGUGGUCAGCAUUGCUUCUUUUUCUUGUAAGUGAAUUGUAAACUAUGCAUUCAGCAAGAGAUGGUUUGGGGGAGGAAAAGAGAGUCCUGCGAAACUGUUGAAAAUGUUUCUGUGUCCAUUGAAUUCCAACACUGAUGUAGGAGGAAAGAGGUUCAUGUCAUGGGAGGACUUAAUGGAACCCAUCUCUUCUGAGAAGUUGACUUAUUUGAUUGCCAGGCAGAUUUGUUUUUGGAGGGAAUUAAAAUCAACUUCAGAAAUGAAGUAAUGUCUGCCUGUUUCACAGGACUGUGCUUUCUUGCCAUGCAGUGUUAGACCAGGAUCAGCAGCAUGACACAAAACAGCCCAAGGAGAGAAUUUAUCUACAUAGCACCUCCUCCAUUUGUUCAACCUCAGGAAAUGGCACCUCAUGCACUGUCUUUAAGGAUUUACUCUACAACUUGUUCUCCUUUACAACUGCCCUUGUUCCUCAGGAGAAUUACAAUGUGGCUUUUCCUUGCAUGCAUUUCCAAAACUCUGUCCUAAAAGUUUCUACCAAUUCCCAUUGCAGAUGAAACAUAAAAUAGCAAUGCCAGCUUGGAACUGCUGUAGAAUAUAUACUGCACUGGCAUUAGUCAAUUCCUUGUCUUCUAAUGUUCAUCAGAACUGUUCAAGGAAGACGGCAUGCUAGUCACCAUCUGUGACUUCUUUGAGCUAAUACUACCACUAAUAAAAUGGAGGCGAGUGAUAGAGACUAGAAGAGGAAAUUUAUAUGGAUUCUUUUGCUGGCAAGAAGCUGCUUGGAAAGGAGAAAGAUUUCACUUCCUUACUUUCCGAAUGUAGAGGCUGCUUCCCAUGUUAAUGGAGGUGUGUUUCCUUUACAAGUCUCCCUUGGGUGUUGUGAACUGUGGUAUCUGCCUCAUUUCACCUUGGCAUCAUCAUAGCCAAGAAAUUCUCCUACCUAUAAUUCAGUGUUUUUUUUCUCACACAGCAAUUUUUUGUUGGUGUUCACAGUACUGUAAUGAAUAAUAAAUAGCCUUGACCGCUCAUUCUCACAUGCAUACUUGCCUUGCAGAUGUGAUCUUAUCAGGAUUCUUAUCUGGUAGAUUGCCUUUUUUGUUGUUGUUUGUUGAAGGGGAAAAGUUUCCAGCUCUUUGUCUCAGAAUACCUCGUGGUACAUAUUUACCUUUAGUGUAACUGGCCUUGUAUAUUCUCUUUCAUACUUAGUGAGAUUAUACUGUUCCUACAUUUGUCCUAGUGGUUUGAAGACUGGAUCAUGAGGCUGAAACUCCUGAGUUCUAAUCCUGGCCUUUACUCUUCCCUCUUUUUGCCUUAGGCAAGAGUCAUUUAACCUUUGCCUCAGUUUCCCCAUCUGUAAAAUGGGGAUAAUAAUACUUACCUACCUCACAGGGGUUUUGUGAGGAUUGACUACAGGUUUUUGUGAAGUGCUUCAAAGAAAAAGUACUUUUUAUAAGUAUUAUUAUAUGGAGGUGUAACUAGCAGGCUACCUCCUUUCCCAGUCUUAGACGUACAUCUCAGGGAUGUGCAAAGAGGAAAUAGGAGAGGAAACAGUGUAUUUUAUUUUUUACUUGUUAAGCCAUCAAAUACAACUACUUUUAACAAGAAGGAAGGAGCUAAAGAGCUGAACUAUUCACAAAUCUCCCUCGAGUUCCACAUAUAGCAUGCAGAAAAGCCAGUCUUUUAACAGACACAUUUUAAAAAUAAAGUACACUUCCUCUUGAAUUGGAAUAUGUAAAGUUUGCCAUCUUUUGUAUGUCCCCCUUUUAAUUAGACAUGGACUUUUUUGUUAGAUGGCAGCACAUCUGCUGCAUUUGGGAAAGGAGACAUUGCUGUGUAGUUUAUAUGAGUUCUGUAAAAUGACAAUAUUUGUCAAGUAGUUGGCUUAAAGAUGGGGACACUUGCUUUCCUGUUUGUGUGUUAAACAUAUGCUGCCUCAUUCCCAAUAUACACAAGCCAUUGUAUGCCAAUAAAACAUGGAAACACAGUAAUGUUCAUUAAUAAGAGCUGCUUGUGAAUAUGCCUUACAGCCUUCUCAAAAUCUUUGGGAGGAGGGGUGGAAUAAGAGGUUUGGGGUAAAUUCCAUAGUUAGGGAGUCUUUGCUGCUUCCUUCCUUUUCUGAUCUAUUAUGGACACCAUUCUCUCUUCAAUCUUAGACGUGCAUCUCAGGGAUGUGCAUAUUGAGCCCAGCAUUCGGAUCUUGGAAAACCUAAGAUUUGGUUCCAUUCUAUAUUUGAAGUCUCCAUAUUGGACACUCCCUUAAUCUUUUUCAUCCUUUACUCCCCAAGGAGCAGCUCUGUCCACAACUGUUAAGUGAUUAAAAGUUCUACGGUGGUCAAAUUCAACAUGAUGCAGGUGUAUUUGUAUCUGUAUCUCUCUGUUUUUGUGUAUGCAUACAUAUACAAAUGCUCACUCAAGAUUCCACCUUCCACUAGUUGGGGCAAGAAAACUGAAGUGCAGAUCACCUAACAAAAACAAACAGCAGCUUUGAUCUGCUAAUACAUAUGCACUGCUUCCUUUAAAACAAACUUUCUUUCUUUUUUUUGAGGGAGGGAUGAAAAAAGCAGUGGAGUUUAGAACUACUUUAGCAUCCACUGGUUAGACAGAGACUUGAAAUGCUGCUUUAAUUUCAGAGCUCCUAUGGGGCUAUGUUUACAAAGAACUGAUCAGGAAAAUGACCAAUUGUGGAUAUCCAACUUAGUGAAUUAUGCUUCAUUUCUGGUGAGCAAGCCAUGUAGUGGAAAAUGUCUUAAUGGAAAAUGAAAGAAGUUUAACUCCACCUAGCCUUAUUUGUGAAGUAAACAAUAUUUUAUGUCCAAAAUAUCUUGAUUAGAAAAGGCAGCUUUUCUACUUUGCACAUAAAUAGGUAAUACGAAGGUACAGCUGAAAUGCUAUUGCCUGAAACACUGUCCCUUCCCCCAAGCAGGCAUAAUAGUGGAUACAUGUAUUGAGGCUCUUUGCAAAGAUACCUAUUAGUAUUUUUUCCUUAUACUUGAAAUAACGUACCCAUCUCUAUUUGUCAGUUGGGCAUCCAAGAAUGGUGGAAUAGUGGAAAAUAGGAAAAGGCACAAUAUGUUUUCAUGCUAGAGUUUGCUUAGUUCUCUCCCCUCCCCCAUAGUGCUUUUAUUUCAGCUUACUUUCUAUCCUAGGAAUUCACAUGGACACAGAAACACAGCACUUUAUGUGCUCUUGCAUGGCAUGCUGCCCUCCCCUUCUCCCUCUCUUCUCUAUUUUUAUUUUAGUAUAGUGGUACUUAAAAUCACUGUUUCACUUAAAAAGACAAUAAAAUGUUUAAACUCUACUAAUGUACAAAUAAGCUGAAAUGUUGCAUUUAUGUGUAUUUUGCCAUAGCAGGUACUGUAUUUCUCAUGCUGGAUUUCAAACCAACAAAAGGGUGAUGUUUUAUUGGAGUGUGACAAGUUGAGAGUAAUAAGGAAUUAAGUCGUCGUCAUUUCAUUGAAAUUGAGAGAUGGUGUAAUACAUAUUACGUUUUCUGAAGGUUUUUGUUUUUUUGCUUUUAAGCAGCUUUUGUUUUUAUUUUGUUUUUGUUUUUUAAGAUAUGAUUGUAUUAUGUGCAACUCAGUUGCUUACAUUAUAACUACAAAAUAUUUUUGGGUUCCUGGAAAAAGAAAGACUAAUAAAUGUGUUUGGCUGCUAAGCAUUUAA